UUCAUUAUAGGGGUGGAUGAUCUCCAGAGUCUUAUGAGUUUGAGGAAUGCAUGAGCUGUACUGGAGAGUGACAGGAGCAGUCAGCCAGCAUUGAGUCACAGCGUGUUCAACUCAAGCAAAGACACUUUUCUUCACACCAGAGGCAAACAGCUGCCACGCGCCCCUCCAACCCACACAUUCAAAGCAUCAUUGAAGUGACUUUGCAAGAUAUUCUGAUGAGAGCAAACUCAACCGGCAGUCCAGUCAGUCAGCAGAAGCUUGACGUCCCUCCGGUCGGAUUGUAGGGAGUGAGUGAAAGAGACGUUUAGGAGCGUGCGGAUGACACCGGAGUGUGUGAGGAUGCCACGGUGUGUGUGGACCUUCUUGGUCAUGCUCUGCAUUACACCACAGAUCACAUCUGCAUCUCAGUCAACAAAAACCGUGUAUCCAAGAUUACGACUGUCUCAUAAAGAGCUAUGGGAUUUGAACAGAACGUGGGUGUUUCAGACUGGUGGAGGACAUCUACAGCACUACAGUGUGUUACUGGAUGAGACUCGGGAAAGACUGAUCAUCGGAGGAAAAGAUGUCCUCUAUUCCCUCAACCUGGAGCGCAUUGCUGCCCCUCACAAAGAGAUUCGCUGGGCCAGCUCUGAAGAGCAGGUGGGGAAUUGUUUAAUGCAAGGCAGAGAGAAGCCGGAGUGUGCUAACUACAUUAAACUGGUGCAGCAGUAUAACAGCACCCACCUGUUAGCGUGUGGAACUGGCGCGUUUAACCCCAUGUGUGCUUAUAUCAGAGUGGGACAUGGAAGUGAGAAGGAACGAGAGUUCAGCUUGGAGUCUGGUCACAUCGAGAGCGGCAGGGGAAGAUGCCCAUUCCAUCCCAGCAGCCCAUCAGCAUCCACCGUGUACCGUGGCGAGCUGUUUGUCGGUCUGUACACGGAUUAUUGGGAGAAUGAUGCAGCUGUGUAUCGUCUGGCCAAUCACAGCUUCAUCAGGACCGAAGUAGGUGACAGACAACAGCUGAACGAGCCCAAGUUUGUGGGAUCGGCAGUGAUCCCUGACAACGACGAUCCUGCUGACGAUAAACUCUACUUUUUCUUCACGGAGCAAGUGGCCAACAUGGAUGGCGGAAACAAGGCCGUCUACACUAGAGUGGGCAGAGUCUGCGCGAAUGAUCAGGGCGGUCAGAGGAUGCUGGUGAACAGGUGGAGCUCAUUCCUAAAGACUCGUCUCAUCUGCUCUGUGGCUGGUCCUAAUGGAAUUGACACACACUUUGAUGAGCUUGAGGAUGUGUUUGUUCUUCGAAAGAAAGAUGAGAGAAACCCAGAGGUCUUCGGUCUGUUCAGCACAACCAGUGCUGUGUUCAAAGGUUACGCCGUGUGCAUGUACAACAUGGAAGACAUUCGCGCGGCAUUCAACGGACCCUUCGCCCACCGGGAAAAAACCGACCACCACUGGAGUGUGUACGAGGGUCGAGUGCCUUUCCCUCGGCCUGGAUCUUGUGCCAGUAAGAUAAACGGAGGUCAGUUCUCCAGUUCUAUGGAGUACCCGGACGAGGCUCUUAGGUUUGCCCGUUCACAUCCACUCAUGUUCCAGGCGGUACAGCCUGUACACAGACGGCCCAUUCUUCUGCACACGGAGGGAGGACGCAGACUCACACAGCUGGUGGUCGACAGGGUGGAAGCCGAAGAUGGACACUACAAUGUUCUCUUCAUAGGGACCGAUAAUUCACUUGUAUUAAAAGUUAUCACAAUCUACAACAAAGAAGCUGACACAGUUGAAGAAGUCCUUCUGGAGGAAUUGCAGGUUUUCAAGGUUCCUGUUCCUAUCACCGAGAUGAUCAUAUCUACCAAGAGACAACAGCUGUAUGUGGGCUCCGAGUUGGGUGUGACACAGAUACACGUGCAUCAGUGUGGGCUGUAUGGUUCGGCCUGUGCCGACUGCUGUCUGGCCAGAGACCCCUACUGUGCCUGGGACGGAUUUACAUGUUCCCGGUACUACCCUGCAGGCAUCUUUACCAAAAGACGCUUCAGACGCCAAGACGUUCGCCAUGGCAACGCGAUUCAACAGUGCAAUGGACUUCAGCUUAACGAAGAGAAAAGGAUCUCAGAACAGCUGGUGUAUGGUGUGGAGAAUAAUAGUACCUUACUAGAAUGCAGACCACGAUCACUGCAGGCGUCUGUCACAUGGUACAUUCAACGUGGAUUGGACAUGGAGGAGGUGAAAAGUAACGAACGUUUAAUUCAGACGCCCCAUGGCCUGUUGUUCCUGAGAGUCUCUAAAGGUGAUGCAGGCGUCUACGUGUGUCAAUCCACAGAGCACGGCUUUGUACAGACGGUGGUACAUGUCACUUUAGAGGUGCUGGAUGAGGACAAGGUGGAAGGUAUUUUGCAUAAAGGAGAGACAGAGGAAGGUGAUUCGCAGCAUAGAACUUCACCCUGCCCCUUCCCCCUCCUGCCCUCCACCUCUUCUUCUACUAAACUCUGGUAUAAAGAUGUCAUGCAGCUCAUCGGCUACAGCAACUUCCAGCGGGUGGAGCAGUACUGUGAGAAGGUAUGGUGCGUGUCAGACAGGAAGAGGAAGAAACUUAAGGGAACGGCACCCAAAUGGCGAUACCCACCAGGGGCGGAGCAGCGGGGGCGAGCGAGAGCCCCCCGACACACGCGGGGACAAUAAAAAAAGGAAAGAAAAAAAAAAUGCUGUACAGACACUUAAAUGUUUAUUGAUAUUAAGGAAAAAAUGACUAAUGAAGUCAUCACUACAGUCUUAUUGCAUCAUAAGAAAUAUUUAAGUGCGCUAAAAAUUUCGUCACGCAAAAACUGCGCAAGGAACAUAUCUGACCGGAAGUGAAUAUAAGUCCUCCUGAUGUUAUCGUAUUUGAUUAUUAUUUAAAAUGUUGUACACCAAAAAAAAGUUUUGACACAUACGUUUGAAAUGUUCUAUUCUACAUGAGGUGGCCGCCAUUUUGGGGUCAUGUAUUUACAGAUUUAACAAUUUUACCUCAAAUUGCAAUAUUUUAAAGUUUAAAGAACAUCUGUCGAUCACAUAGCCUUAAAGGGGUCAUAUGGCGCGCAAACGUGUUCUUCUGUGUGUUUGGUGUGUUAUAAGUUGCCCAUGCAUGAAUUAGACACGUAACAUUGCAAAAAUGUACGUUCCGGAACAAAAGAUGCAUUCUAUCUAAAAGCGAAUGCUCACCCAGACCGGCCUGAAACGGCUCGUGUUACCACACGUGGUAUGAUUUGACUAAGACCGCCCAAAUGUAUACGCAAGUAAGGUGGGCGUACCUGUCAAUAUUGCUUUGCAACCUGAUGUUCCAAAUAUGGUAAGAGGCGUUACAUUUCCGUCACACUCUUGCAGUAUUCGACCAAUCACUGCAAACUAGUUAACUGGCCAAUCAUAGCACACCUCGCUUUUCAGAGCGGUGAGCUUUGUAAAAAGUAUGCACGUUUCAGAGAGGCGGGGCAAAGAGGAGCUACAAACAUGCCAGUAUGUGUAAAAUAGAGCGUUUUUAACCUUAAAUCAUGUAUACACAUUACAUUACAUCUGAAACUAUAAUAUUGGAUUUAGCCGUUUCAUAUGACCCCUUUAAGAAAUGUUUAAUGGAAAAUAUGUAUAGAUUGAAUUUUUGUUUGGUUGGUCUUGCAGAACAUUUAAGUAACAUAAACUGAUAUAAAAGUCGCUUAUGCAAGCAUCACCUCUCCGGCUGGGCUUUUAAAACACGAGGAUUUGAAAAAGGACCCUUGCCGGGAUCUGACAAAUUAAAUUUCUGCUUGGACUCCACGAACAAUGACAAAUGGCUGAGACCGGCUGUCCUUUUGUGAACGAUGUGAGAUUUCCUAUGAAGAUUUCACAGAAUGGCUUUUCCUCUGUCGACAGUCUGAAUUCAAGCGUUCUAAAUAACCAUGUCAAGCAUGAGUCAUUUCUGCAAAACUGUUUCUUAGCUUCAAAAGCCCUUCGCAAUGAGAGGCAACCUUGCCCACAUACAGAUUGUCUGUACUUUCAUUAUUUGAUAUAAAUUAUUCUAGUUGGUGUUUAAAGAUUUGUUAGUGUUUGUAGUGGUCUUUCAUCUGGACACAUAUUACAGCAUAUACAGGUUAUUUAUCAAACUUUUACAUUUCUUGUGAUUAGACCGUCAUUAUAAAAAAACAAAUUCUGUUGUAGUAAUAUUUUGUGACAUGCAAAAAUUAUAGUUGCUGUGAUCUACUUAUUAGAAUUCAAUCAUGAUGUGUCAGCUUAGUGAGGUCAAAACUUUGGUUUGUUAUCAUGAUGUUAAAAAUGUUUUGUGUUGUAUAAUAAACAACAACAAUUCCCA